GCUGGAUACGUAUCUCCUGUGAAAACAACUGUUAGAACUUACAAGACAAGUCGCAUCGCAUUUAGAUUUUUCUUUGAGAAAGAAGAAGUCAUCUUUAGCUUGCUUCCAUGCCUUCUAUAAUCAAUCCUCUCCAAUUCCUCUUCUUGCUAUCGAUCUCUUUGAUCCUCCAUAAAUCUGGCUCGUACCCAGGUACUUCUAGUUCCAUAAUUGACCCCGCCAAAGUCAAACAAGUAUCAUGGAAGCCAAGGGCAUUUGUUUACCAUGGUUUUCUUACGGACUUGGAAUGCGAUCACUUGAUCUCGCUGGCAAAGUCGGAGCUGAAGAGGUCAGCAGUAGCUGAUAAUGUUAGUGGAAAGAGUAAGGUCGCCGAAGUUCGAACCAGCUCUGGAAUGUUUAUCCCUAAAGGAAAGGAUCCCAUUGUUGCAGGUAUAGAAGACAAAAUUGCAACAUGGACAUUUCUUCCAAAAGAAAAUGGGGAAGACAUUCAAGUCUUGAGAUAUGAGUAUGGGCAGAAAUACGAUCCCCACUAUGAUUACUUUGUUGACAGGGUCAACAUUGCCCGUGGUGGACACCGAUUGGCAACUGUGCUCAUGUAUCUUUCCAAUGUGGAAAAAGGCGGAGAAACUGUGUUCCCCUCUGCAGAGGAUGCUCCACGGCGUAAAGCUAAUGAAGGUGAUGAAGAUCUGUCCGAAUGUGCAAAGAAAGGAAUUGCAGUGAAACCACGAAGAGGUGAUGCCCUACUCUUUUUUAGUCUCCUCCCAAAUGCUGUUCCAGACCAAAGCAGUCUUCAUGCUGGAUGCCCAGUGAUUGAAGGCGAGAAAUGGUCUGCCACAAAGUGGAUUCAUGUGGACUCAUUUAGCAAGAACUUGGAGGCUGAUGGGAACUGCACAGAUCUUAAUGAGAGUUGUGAGAGGUGGGCUGCUCUCGGGGAAUGCACAAAAAACCCGGAGUACAUGGUAGGAUCUGCAGAGCUCCCUGGAUAUUGUCGGAGGAGUUGCAAGGUAUGUUAGCAUAUUGUUAUAUGCUUUCGCUGGGAGAAAUUUUAUAGGUUUACACUGCAUUGAAGUUAUUAAUCCUUUUGGUGAAUUGUGUUUAUUUUUGUUUUGUUUAUCAAAUAACAAUCUUUCAAACAUUACAGAUUUGUGCUUUGUAUUUUAGUCCAGUUAUAAUUUUUUUUUUCCAUGAAAAAAAAAAAUUCUACUAA